AUGCAGUCUAGACCAAACGACAAAAAGCGCGCCAAGUCAAGUCGGUGGCCCAAGGUGAGAGUGGACUUGUCGAAGCUGUUUCAGAAGCGAGGUGGAGAUGCGGACGAAGAUGAUCACGAGGGCUACGACGAGGUCCUGUGGGAGCCCAGCGAGAGACGCGGCGAGGCUCCUCUGGAGGCGGGACCGGUGUCUCGUCGAAAACUCGCGCGCUCUAGCGGCCGUCAGGGCGUCGGCGGGCGGUCCGACGCCCCGCUCCCGCAGUCGCGGGAGGCAUCCGGGAGCUCGGGAGAAGAGACGCGCGCGGAUAGAGGGAAAUCUCAAAGCAAGUCGUCGGACGUCGACUUCGGCUACUACUCCAACGACGACGAGCGAGACCUCGACUACCUGCCAUCCGCGGGACUCUCGCCCCGCGACGAGCCCGCCGUCGAGUCCAAACUGGCGGUCAAGCGACGGCAUCGAGAAGUUCGGCGACGCGGCUCUCUUCAAGAGAGGGCGCGCUUUCUGUACACACACAAACUCCAUUUGGGCAUGUUGGUCUCGCACACCAGCUCGGAAAUGAGCUCUCUCGGCCGCGACCAGCUCUCCAGGGCCGUUCUGCUCUCUCUGCUGCCCCAGGAGAGGCUGGAAGAGUGGGUCGCUCGGUGCGAGGAAGACGCCCCUCAGUCUCUGAAGGGCGUUGUCCUGGACGUGCUCGACUGGAUCUCCACCGUCUACGAGCGCCCCGCUCACAGCGUCACGAAGGAGUGGAAACUCCUUCAGCUCAGACAGCUGGUCCUGUACAUGUCGGCCAUCCGGCCUCACGCCUUCACCAACAAGGCCGAAUCCAUCAAGAGAGACUACGAGGCCCUCAUGGUGUUUCUGAGGGAGCGCCAUCCGACCGCUUUCGAGCGCCGCGCGGCCGACGCUGACCAGGUCUCUCAAUUUUUCCGGCUCAUCGGUCUGGAUCUGGAUUCCGUUUUUCCGAAUCAGCCCAUUUCCAGGCUGGAUUUUUCCGCCUUGCCCUCCCGACUCAAGGUAAACUCCUUCACCUACGUCGAGACCUUCCUUUUGGUCAUGCGCAUCCUCGGCGUCUUCGGGAGAAUGGUGUGGACCAUGGACCCCGUCCUGGUCCCCAGCAAGUUCGUUCCUUCCUACUCGUUCGUCAACUCUCUCUUCUUCCACCAGUUCCCGCGCCCCUCCCCCCUCUCCCCGGGCUCCGCCUCCUCCAGGGAGGAGGCCCCUCCCCCCGCCGCCGACGACCGCCCCACGCUCUGGGCGGAGGUCUACCACUCGCCCUCCGAACAGUGGAUCCCGGUCGACGUCCUCCGCGGGCUGGUCGACGUCCCCUCCUUCCCCUCCAUGGAGUCUCCUCGCGCCGCCGACAACGAGGACCCCCUCUCGAGCGACGUCCCGACCAGGCCCUCCGUCCUCACCAGGGCGGGCAGGAAGGCAGGCGGCUCCGUCGCCGCCGCCGCCGCGCACUGCUCCCGGCACUUUCCCCCAACCGGACACACCUUCGGCUUCGACUGGCUCGGACGCGUCGCCCAGCUCUCUCUGAUCUACUCCCGCAACCACGCCGAGACCCUCAAAAGGAUCUCCGACCCCCCCUGGCUCGAACUUUUUCUGCAAAAAUGGAACCAACGGCAAAAAGAACGCCUGACUCGCGACGCCCACUUCGCUCCCCCGGCGGACCUCUGGGACAAACUCGAGUCCAUAGACCGACUCCUCAGCGAGAAGGUCAUCCGCGACGAACCCCCCCCUCGAUUCAUUCAGGCCUACAGGGCCCACCCGCUCUACUGUCUGGAGCGGUAUAGAAAAAAACACGAAGUCUUCCGACCCGAGGCCAAAGCCGUCUGCCACAUCGACGGCGAACCCGUCUUCCACCGCGACGACCUCUGUCUCCUCAAAACCUCCAACAACUGGCACCAAGAAGGCAUGCAAGUCAAAAAAGACGAACAACCCAUCAUGGUCCAACCCAAACGCAUCUUCCGCACCCCAAAACCCCCCGACGACGGGCACGUCGAAAUGAACCACUACUACGCCCCCUGGCAAGUCGAACCCCUCGAACCGGAAACCGCCUCCAACGGAAAAAUCCCACUCAACGCCUACGGAAACGUCUACCUGUUCAAACCAAACAUGCUCCCCAAAGGCACCGUCCACCUCGUCGGCUACUCCAACGUCAAACACGUCUCCAAAAAACUCGGGCUCGACUGCGCUCCGGCCAUGAUCGGCUGGCUCAACCAACUCCCCAACCUCUACGGGUGGGUCGUGUGUCAAGACUCCGCCCGCACUCUCGCCAACGCGUGUCUCGCCGACCUCCAGCAAAAACUCACUCGCACGCGCUCGAGGCGGCGCGAAAGCAACCACACCCACGUCUUUCCGAACAACCUGUACCUGCACGACGAGACCAGCGGCACCAUUACGCGAACCUGCCCCUGCGGAUUCAAGGACACGCUCAGGCAACUCUCAAUGAUCAACGACGACGACCACCGCCCAUCGCCCCCCGCACCCGGCUAA